GCGCUAGGCUCAUUCUUAAAUUUGCUGCUCCACCUCCUGACGAAGGAAGAAGGGGAACCUAGCGCGGCUCCUGCUAUCCAGCACAUCUUCCACCAUGUUUGACAUCCUGAAGAAGCCCGACGAGGUGACCGACGCCUUACCUACGCCCGACGAGCUCAAAAAGGCGCUCGCGAGCCACGUUGAGACGGCGACGGGCGAGUCGGUGCCGCUCUCGGACCUCGUCGCGCCUGGCAAGCGCACGCUGCUGACAUUUGUCCGCCACCACCACUGUGGCAUCUGCCACGAAUUUGUCCGCGCCCUCGGCCGCGAUGCGUUUCUCGGCACGCUCCACGCAGCAACAGCAAGUGGUGCUGACGAUGAUGGUGUUGCCAAAGCAGGACAGCAGCAGUGCCAGGUCGUCGUCGUGGGCCAUGGGCCCUGGAAGGGCAUCGAGACAUACAAGCAGCGCAGCGAGUGCAAGUUCGACAUGGUUGUCGAUCACGAGGCCAAGGGCGCCUACCAGCACCUUGGCCUCACGAGGAGCACCCUCGGCGGCGCGACGUCCUCUCCGUCGUACAUGAAUGGAAAGUCGAUCUUGGCUGUCGCGGCCCAUUCCACCUACACCGUCUUGGCCGACGCCAUCAAGGGCGCGCCCGGUGGGAGGAUCAAAGAUAUGGGCGACGUUGCGCUGCUUGGCGGUGACUUCAUCAUCGAUGAGGACGGCAAGUGCAUCUUCUGCCACCGCAUGAGGACGACGGCGGACCACACCGACGUCGCCAAGCUCUCUGCUCUUCUCAAAGGGAACAAAGAGGAGGCUUAACUGGGCGCAUCACGCGUGCGGUUUCUCUCACAUCUACCCAAUGUUCACCCUUAAUAAUUCUGUACCAUAGUCAUCUCAUUAUUCAAUUCCUACUCCAUCUACCAACCCCACUCGACACCUCCAGCCACGUCGAGGAGCGAAGCCAGCACCACGCGGGUCGAGGCCCGAAUCUGCCUAAAGUCGUAGCCCUCCCGGUCGGUCACGUCGCCGGAGUUGUGGUAACGAUCGUCGGCGAUGGGCCCGUUCCUCUCAAACACCCAGGUGGCGGGGAAUUCCUGCUCCCAGAAGGACUGGUGGUCGCUGCAGCAGGCUGGUGUGUAGCCCACCGUAAGCUCCGGCACGUAGAUCUUGGCGAUGGACAUGAUGUAGUCGGUCGCCUCUUGGGUGGACAGCUUGUCAGGAAAGGCAAGCUGCAAAGGCUCGCCGGGCUUGCGAUAGCCAAUCAUGUCCGUCUGGAGCGCCAGCUUGAUCUUUGCCCCUUGCUCAUGGAGAUGCUUGGC